UGGAUGAUGGAUGAUGGACGAUGGAUGAUGGAUGAUGGAUGAAGCCUGCAGUGCCACUCAGCCGGCCUCCUGCUAGUGGGUGGAGAGGCCUCGUCACGGUGCGCCACGUGCAGGUGACUGCGACUCUGCUGGCAUCACGUACCGCUGCACAAGCUGCUAAGGAGCACAAGGAAUCAUCGGAUGUGGCUUUGAGUUACAAAACCUUUCUCGGAACCAAACCAGUGCUUUGCUGAGGAAAUCUUCAUCACAGGAUCGGCGAGAAACCACAGAAUAGAUCAUAAUGAAGCUAACAGAAACGCCUGAUUUCAGGUAGCUGAAUCUCACCGAUGACCAGAUCAUAAGACCUGUAUUUAUCUGUCUCCAUCAUGCAGGGCGCAGUUAGACGUGUUCAUAAAAACAUAACUCACCGAGUUUACAACAGCAUAAUUAAAGCAGACAAAUUCACACAGGAAUGAGCAGGAAGGGAACUUACUAAGUCAAAGGGAAACAGUUUCAGAGCAGAGCACAUUUUUAAGUGCUCAGCAUUUAAAGCUCCCGUGCUACUGUGGUUUGGUUGAGUCCAUGUACCUACGUAGACUUACACUAGAAGCCACUUGAGAUUAAUAUAUUGCUGGGAGAUACACUGAUGAAUCAGGUACCUCGUCAUUUCACAAAUCGAUAAGUCCGGACAAACCUAUAAGAUUUCCCCACCUCACUGGCUGUGUUGAUAUUAGGUUCCUUCUCCAAAAUGGAUGCAGUAUAAAUGCAGUUUUCUCUGAGCACACGCUCAAACGGUGGCAGAUGGGAGGGGGGGUUCCCCGGGCCGUGGGGACAGGGUGUAUAACCAGAUCACAGACAAUUUUACGAUGUAAAAAACGUUCUUGAAUUCUAGAGAAGGGUGGUCAUCUAAUGGGUCAGUGUUCAAACAUGUUCAAAGACUGUAACCUUUGGGCUCCGCGACCAAUCGGUGCAUUACUCAGUGUUCCACCCACAGGCUUGGCACUGAAUAUUACACCAUCAUAAACACUGUUUGCAUAUUAUCAAGUUGGUAAAAGCCAGAGUGUAUUUGUACAGAGCUUUUACUUAUUUUUCAUAGCGCAAAGCUGCUGCUUCCACUUCCUCUUCCUUACUCUUUGCCCUUCAUCUCGCGAAGGAGGGAAAAAGUCUUACUGAAAAACUUGGCUGCACAGAAGAGAGCGGAUACCACCUUUAAAGGCUUCAUACGGGAUAACACGGCACAGAUGGGCCUCCAGAGCACCAAACACUCCAAAGUCAAGCAAGCUAAUAUACUGAUGUUAGGACUUGAUUCUGCUGGGAAAUCUACGCUGUUGUACAAGUUCAAGUAUAAUGAAGAUUUUCUAACAAUUCCAACAAUUGGCUUUAAUGUCGAUAUGAUUGAAACCGGAAAAGAUUUUACGUUGACAAUUUGGGAUGUUGGAGGACAACAAAAAAUGAGACAGCUUUGGUGCAACUUCCUGGAAAACGCAGAAGGAAUCCUGUAUGUUGUGGACAGCUCUGAUAAGCAACGUCUAGAAGAAUCAAAGAAAGAAUUUGAACUCAUUUUAAAGAACGAAUCUAUAAAAAACGUACCAGUUGUCGUGCUAGCAAACAAGCAGGAUUUGCCUGGAGCUUUAAAUGCUGAGGAAAUAACCAGGAGAUUCAACGUGAAGAAGCACUGCUGUGACAGAAAUUGGUACGUACAGCCCUGUUGUGCAAUCACAGGAGAAGGCUUGUCAGAAGCUCUCCAAAGACUAACCGCGUUUGCAAAAAACUACAUCAGAUCAAAGGAGUUUUCUACAAGUUUUAAGGAAAAUGAAAAACUGUAAGAAUUUUUAUCAUCAGAUUUUGAUGAACAUUACUCAAAGUACUUUGUAGGACAGACUAAAGUAUUUGCUUCUGGAGAACUCUUAUAAGCAACUAUGUAUUUAUAAAGCACUUGGACCAUUUUAAAUUAUACUGGUUUACCUGCA